CAUAUGCUACUUCCGGUAGCCUACUUCCUAUUGGGUGUCGAGCUUCCGGUAUCAACACGACUCGGCUGUCUAUGGCUGGAAUCCGGUAGCCCAAUGGCCGAAGCAAAUUUCUCAAGAUGUCUUGGACAUAUGCCGGCGAUAACAGUUGACGAUGUUCAUCGACUGGUCAGCAUUUUUUCACCCGCACCCCAAAGCAAACGAGAAAAGGGUUUUAUACUGUAUAUAUCGCAAUAUUUGCACAAUUUUGAAGGUAAGUCACAACAACAUGAUAUCCAUGCUACGUGCUAAAGUUAUGUUAUCUGGUAAAUGUUAUGUUAUCUCUAUACAUUAUAAAAGUCGAAAUCGUGCGUUAGAUGUUUGUCUUAGCCCUUGUUUAGUUUAUGAUGUUAUGUUCGGAGGCUAUGUGUUGUUGACACUCCUACGUGUUAUAUAGGCAGUAGCCUAAAAGUAUCAAACGUUGAUUCGUUCGUUUUCAAGUUAGCAAACUGUGAUUGCCUGUGUAUGAACAAACGAACUUUAGAUGGACAACAAUAUUUUCCUAUUAGAGUUGCUAGUCAUUGUUCUUACCAACUAACUUGCAUGCUAUCCUAUUAAUUACUAACUUGCUAAAAUUGUUAUUUUUCCACAGUGUCUGACAAAGAUCAGGGUUCAGGAGAGGUGAUGGUCAGGGCAGAGUGCUACAGGUCAAUGAGGAAGUCAGAGAAACCUCACAAGCUCAGAGUGGUCCUAAAAGAUGUGCAGCCUGUGGAGCUCCUGCACUUCCAUUGCACCUGCAAGGCUGGAAAGGCAUUGUGCAACCACGGUGUUGCACUUCUGUUUCAAGCUGCGCACUAUUCGCAGUUGAAACUCCAGGUUGUCCCCCCAACGUUGAGCUGCACUGAAGGGGAACAACAGUGGCAUAAGCCUAGAGUUAUGGGGAUAAAGCCGGGCCCUGUUGACAAGAUGGCUGUGAUCUCGGCCAAACCAAAAGCCAGAAAGACAACAGAGGGAGUGCGGAGCAAACUGUACAAAGGUCUUCAUGGGGAACUUCCUGACCUCUCAGUUCUUCGGGUGUCGGAGGUAUACAAAGACUUUGCUGCUGCUGACCGCCCUAUGAUCUGCAGCAUGGGGAUAACUGAAGAUAUUCCACUAGUGGACUCGCUGUUUGGAAAGGUUCAACAUGGAAGUCCCGUGUCGUACCAGCAACCUGCCAAAGACCAGGUAAAGGCUCUCCAUGAUGCCACACCCCCUCCAUCGUUGCCACUCCAGGCCUACAGACUUGAGCCAUCAGAGUGCAUGUUUGCGUGUUCCAGAAAACAACAACUGCACAUGCAAAGUCUUCAAGUCACCGAGGAUUUGGCCCAUAAGAUCGAAUGUGGUACCCGAGAGCAGAGCUUGUGUGCCGAUUGGUACAAUGUUCGGAAACCACGGGUGACAGCAUCUCGUUUCAGAGAAGUCUGUCAUGUGGGCAAGGCCUCUGAAGAGGGACUUGCGGAACGCAUUCUUAGAGGGAUACGGCAGACCGCAGCUAUGAAGAGGGGUUUGGAGUUGGAGGCUGAUGCAGUCUGGGAGUACUGCCAGAUAAAGAGAGUCAACCACUACAAAUGUGGGUUUGUAGUACACCCAGAUGCACCUUGGAUUGGUGCCUCGCCGGAUGGGGUUGUUUUUGACCCAUUAGAACAGCCAGAGUUUGGCCUUUUAGAGAUAAAAUGUCCCAACAUUUCUAAUUACAUAGACGCACCUUAUCUGAAGGUAAUAAGUGGUUCAGUGCAGCUCAAACCGACCCAUGCCUACUAUUGGCAAGUUCAGGGCCAACUGUUGGUCACAGGUAUGAGUUGGUGCGAUUUUGUUGUCUCUGCCCAGGAUGAUGUUUUCAUCCAGAGAAUCCAGAGGGAUGAGGGCAUGAUGCUAACAAUGAAGCGUGGGAUUGACAUGUUUUUCUUCAAUGUAUACAUGGACAAAUACCUGGCAGUGGCAUGAGUUGUUGAUUUCAUUUUAGCAGAUGACUCCUUUAAAUCUUAUGUGACUAAUGAUUAAGUUAAUUGUACAUGUUCAUUUGAAUGCUUUGUUUAUUUAAGGGCAAUCUCCUUUCUCUUUAUUUAAUUCCCCCCUAUCCCUUGAUUUUUCAAUAAAUGAUAACGUAUUCAAACAUUUUAUCAGUUGUCUCCCUCCUUUUUGUUGCACCUCUUUAACGAGCAGAGGUUCGUAACAGGCAGUGACACGUCAUGCUAACGAUUAAUGAAAUUUUACUCUUUCAAAUACAUUUCACUUGAAAUCUAUAUGAUGUGUUUUUCCUUUCUGAAUUACAGAUAAAUGGUCCUUUGCAUCUUUAAAAAAUCCAUCACAGCCAAUAGGACACAGAACAAAGCUGUAGACUACAUUUAUGAAGUAAAGCAGUUUUAUUUAAAGAGUAACAACAAAUCACUUAAAAAAAAAAAAACAGUAUGGAGUAUGGUUAAAUAGCAUGUUUAUUUUGAAAAAGACCAGAAAAUCAGACCAUCCAUUUCUUGACCAGGGGUCCGUACUGAUAAUUGGAGAGGAGACAUGCAACAGUGAACAGUUGAUUUAUACUGCCACAAAUAGAGAGAGGGAUGACCGUGUCAAAAAGUUUGUUUUCUUUGACCCUCCUAAUGAGCCUCUCCACGUGGACUCUCAGGCGUGCAAUCGACUGGGUUUUAAGGAUGUCUACCUCUGACAUUUGCUCCUGUUUGUGCAUAAAAGCAGGGCGAUGCACUUUCCCAGAAACUAGCUCAUCAAUCAAAAACCCCUUGUCUACCAUAACCUCCAUGUCGGGUGUUAGGAGAGAGGUGAUGCCGGAGUGACGGAAAAUCUCCUUGUCACUGAUGGAGCCUUCAAAAAGUGCUGACACAAAUGUCAAUGCUCCAUGGGGGGACAUGCCAAUAAGUGCUUUGAAGGUACAGUGCGACUUGUAGGCGGAGAAUACCUCACUUUGAAGCAGAAGGGAGGUAGGGGCUUGGCAUCUCAUCUCUGUGCAGUCAAGGACGACCUGGGUGUUCUCAUAGGUCCCAUUGAAAUCUGUGGGGCAGUUUUCUCUCACUGAUCUGCUGGUCAUCCAGAUGGAGAGCGAUCCGAGCAAAGCAUACAAAAAGUUGGACCACGUCACAAUUAUUCUGCUUGCUGUUGCUCUGUGGAUAUUGAACUUGUGACCAAGCUCCCUUUGUGUACACCCGGUUGACAGGUAGUUGAGGAAGAGGAAGAGCUCGUCAAUUGGCAGCAGUUUCUAGGGAAAAUGUCACUGUAUUAGAUACUGUAGAUAGAAGCACUACAACACAACGAUAACAUACACAAACUAGGGUGUUUAAAAUAUGUGGUGCAUGCACAGAGCUGAGCAGAAACAAUACACAGUUAACUGCCUCUUCUGUGGCAGUCACCAGCAAAAUGUGUGAUCCACAUGUACCGAGCCGGUGGUAUAUGUUUGUUGUAAAACUUACUGUUGGUCUGUUCAUAGGGGUCUCAGUGGAUGUACUGGUGGAGAGGUUCUUCUGACCACUGGUGACUCUCACCAUUCUGCUUGUUGCCUCUUGAAUUAGAUCCCAAAAAGCCAUCAAAUGUUCAUAUGAUGGAAAUCUGCAUGCAAACAGGACAUAGCUUUUAUGGUGAUGGCAUUCAUAUUACAUUAAAACAUUCCAAUUUAAUCAUCAUUCAAAUCAAUCAUACAGAUGGGAGGCAAGUGAAAUGCUUGUGUGAUAAUUAGAAAAGUUCAGGUUCAACAUUUCUUACCUGGUAUAGUAGCGAAUGUCACUUGGUGAUGUAGAAAACCGUUGCAAUCCAAAUCUCUCCAUGUGCAGUGUUUCGAUCUGCCGUGUGAGCUCCUCGAUCUGCCUCGACAUGCUCUCAAAUUUCUCACGGUCGACCACGAUGAAAGAGCUGGCUGUGUAAUCGUGGUCUUCCAUCAGAGGUGUCGAAGCCAACUCAGUACAUCCAGAGACACUGUUUUCACCCACUUCCAUCUCCACGGUGGAGUCAUCCUCGGGGGUGGGGUCAUCCUCGGGGGCGCGGUCCAAAGCCUGGGUUGCUCGAGGCCGGCGAUCCCAAACUCCGGGCCGUUGAGUUUUUUUGGUGUAAUUAUUCCAACCGAACAAGGAUGGAAUAAUAUUUGGUCGAAGACACCGCUUUCCAACAGAAGAGAUAACUAUGUCUUCUUGCUCAAAGUGUCGACUACACACUCUAGAGCUGGUGGUUGGGGUGAAACCUUCUCUUCUGACUUUCACAAGCCACUGGGCGCGUAAAGUAGGUUCCUUUGGGAAACUAUGAAAGCUCAAAACUUUGUUGAAUCUCCCCCCGGCUGUACAAAGUGGCACACAACAAUGGUGGUUAUUACCACCGACUGCCCUUUGAAAAGUAAAUCGUUUUUUCCGAUCCAUUGCGAACAAUAACCUCACACCGCCAGCCGGCUAAUGUCAACAAACCGCCAAGCGGAAGCUAGAGGCUCAACUUCCGCCCUCAAACAGGAAGUUAGCAUUUUCGUCGUGCACAGAGUGAAUGGUGAUGCCGUAGCUAUUGUCUAUUGAUUUGUUUGACAGAUUCACCAUUAAACGUGUUUCUAAUGACAUUUCUAGCGAGAAAUGUACUUUUCCCUUGAAUAAUCUUCAGUCAGUGAAUGUGUAUGAUCUUUAUAAUCUUUAUUAUAUGAAUGGGAAAUGCAAUAUUUUAGGACCGAUUCACCGUUAAACGUGUUUCUAAUAACAUUUCUAGCGAGAAAUAUGCUUUUUACUUGCAUAAUCUUCAGUCAGUGAUUGUGUCUGAUCUUUAGUUUUAUAGUUAUUAGGAAGAUUUUAUCGGCUCGCUCGCAUGUUUCAACGACGUCAGGUUGCUAGGGACGCUGCUUUCGCUAAACUAGCAAGCUGAUCUUUUUUCGACGCUCCUUAUGGCAGAAAAAAACGCUGGGAGAGG